AUGACUUCCGAGCAACCUCCCACCUCGGAAACAGAUGGCGGCCCUCGAAAACGGAGAAGAAUCCAAUUAGCGUGCGGCACUUGCAGGAGCAGGAAAACGAAAUGCGAUGGUACACGCCCCAUUUGUUCUCCAUGUAGGACAAGAGGUGUUGAGGCGUCAUGUUCUUAUGACAACGCCACGUUACCGAGUCAGAGGUUUGUAAUGAAUCUAUCUAGAUUCAUCCAAAUCUCUCAUAAUGAGCCAACCUCGUCGGACACUGCGCGCAGUCCAAAUCAACACCUGAAGCUCUCAAAUCCAGAGCCAGCUUUUGAUGCUCUUGGAACAGCCACAUCCCCUAGCUCCCAUGCGGAAGUACGAUACGGCAAUUCGUCGACGAUAGCUUUCUCGUCCAGUCUUCGCAAAGCGACCUGUGAGGGUCAACAUUCCUCCGAUUCAUCCUUUGAAGGGAGAGAUGGUGGAAUACAUGGCCUAGAAAUCACUAAACAGCCUGAUCAAGGCGCAUUUCUAUUGCCGCCGAGGCACAUUGCGGACGACUUUCUCCGAUGCUACUGGGAAUUCAUGCAUCCUCUCUUCCCGAUCUGGCAUCGGCCCUCUUUUGAUCGGUGGUAUCAACGCAUCUGGGAACCUCAAGAUGCACCUGUCGAUGAUAAUAAUCUAGACCGUAUGAUUAUGUAUUCGACACUCAAUGUGAUGCUGGCUCUAGGGUGUCGGUUCAGCACGAUCGUUCCGCCUCGGGACAGGAUUGCUAGUGCUGAUGACAUCUACAAGCGCUCGAGAAAGCUUCUGACCUUCGAUAUUCUGGACUCUAUGCACCUCACGCUUGUCCAGUUACUGCUUCUGAUGGGUACAUACCUUCAAUCGGCGAGGCACGCGGAUCGGUUCUGGAAUGUGAUAGGUCUCGCAAUUCGUGUUGCUCAGGGUCUCGGUCUGCAUACAGAGCAAUCUCCUUCGGAGGUGAAGAGUCAGCGGGACAUUGAAAUGCGUCGCAGAGUCUGGCAUACUUGUGUCUUACUGGAUAGGCUAUCGGCGAUGAGUUUUGGUUGCCCAACCAUGGUAGCACAAGCAAAAUCUAGCACAGCUAUUCCUGCCAUGAUCGAUGAUGAUUUCCUCUUGGAAUAUGGUAUUGGUACUCAACCAUCGCAGCUGCCAUCUCGCAUGGCAUUGUUUGUCUAUUCUCUGAGACUUUUCGAUAUCCUCGACGAAAUACUAACCACGUGCUAUCCUAUUCGACCUUCGACGUCGAGUCAGCCAGACGACCAGCAUACCCCUCACUUGAUGAACGACAUUCUACGCUUGAAUGGAGCCUUGGAUGUUCUAUACGAAGACAUUCCGAGCUAUCUCAAGCCAGAAGAUUCUGCACGUUCAGUCGACCCGCAUCCAGAACAUGUCACGCUUCAGAAAAAUGUCUUCCGUUCUAGAUUUCUCUACGUGAGGAUCUUGCUCUUUCGGCCCAUUCUUCUCAAGGAAGUACAACGAAAGAGGAAAGGUCGAUCGAGACUUUCUGAAAGAUUCAAGCCUACACUCCAAGAAUCAUUGGAGACAAGAAGUUGCACCUUGUGCAUUGAGACCGCUCUGACGUUGGUUACGCACAUUUCAGAGACCAAAGAGUCACUCUAUGGUAGUUCAGCAUGGCACAGUGUAUACUUGACUUUUGCCGCAGCCAUGAUUCUGGUCGCUGGACGUCUCUGCGACUUCAACUCCUCGGAGAUUUCUCAGGAUUCGAUAAAGAGAUCUUGGAGUAUAGCAUUUGAUAUUCUGACGCAUUACCAAGCUCAAGUCCCGGCUGCAUCUCGAGCUUUCUCCGUUCUUGAAGCUUCGAUACGGCAAAAUGGCAAGUCUAAUUUUACAUCAACACAGUCGCAAAUGCAUGAGAAGGAGGUGCCUUCUUUCACUACCCAGAUGAAUGAGAUACCAAAUCAUACACCGGAAUUACUUUCAGCGCGCCAAACAGAAGCUACUUCUCCUGAUUCUUUGGGUUCAACAAAAUUGUCUCAGAAUGCUGUUCUGCAACUGUAUCCUGGUACAAAUGCACCAAUUCUUGAUCAAAAUUGUCCUCUUCCAGUCUCCGAUACGGUCUCAGCACUUCCCUUCCAAGUGCACGGAAUGGAUAACUUCGGUCCAAUCGAUGACUUGUGGUUUACACAGAACUUUGUUGAGUCAAAUUGGUUUGAUGCUGCAAAGGAUUGGGACCAAGGAGGACUUUUCUUUUGA